UUAAACCAUAAAAAACGUAAAUUUAAUGUCGGCGGUAAAAAAUGAUUCAUGCCAAUUUUGACAUUACACUUUUACUUUUCGUAUAUAAACACCUGAUCACAAUAAACCCAAUGCAGUUUCAAUAUUGAAGAAUUUGCUGAACUAAAUAUUAUAAAAAAUUGGUGUAGUGUUUUUUAUUUAUAGAUUUGAUCUUAGACAAUCUGUAGGUACCUAUAUAUUUCUUAAAAAAUGAAUCGCCCACAAAACUAUGGCUCAAUAUCAUCCCCCACAGUUGGUUUUAGUGGAGAACAAACCUCAGAAUUUAACAGCUAUUGUGAUAACGUCGUCACUAAUAUUUACACUGUAAACUCGAGCCUUAAAACAUUGGACAAUGCUCUCAAGAACAUCGGGACACAAAAAGAUAACCAAGGAUUGCGGAAUAAGAUCCACGUCACCCAGUUAAGCACGAAUCAAAUUGCCUCGGCUACAAGCAAAGACAUCCACAGGUUGAAGUCGAUAGUAGCAAAAGGGGAAAAACAAAAACAAUUACAAGUGGAAAAACUUGAAGAAAACUUCAAGGAUGCGAUCAAUAGAUAUCAUACCCUACAGAAGGAACUUGCCAGCAAACAAAAAGCUCAUUUGUUGAUACCACCUAGUAUAGAAAGUGAAGUAGCUCAAGAAGAUGAUUAUAACCAGCAACAGCAACAAGCGCUGGCGAGAGAAAUGGCGUUUGAACAGGGCAUGAUGCUGGAACGAGAGGCGAGAAUUAAACAAAUCGAAGCUGACGUUUUAGAUAUCAAUCAGAUUAUGAGAGAACUGGGUUCGUUAGUGCACGAGCAAGGAGAAACAAUUGACACAAUUGAAAAUCGUAUCGAUCACGCGGCAGGCAGCGUGGAAGAAGGCGCCGAGCAACUUAUUAAAGCUUCACGAUACCAGACUAGAUUUAGGAAGAAGUUGUUGUAUUCAGUAUUAAUCGGAAUAGUGAUUGUGGCUAUAAUAAUUGGUGUUUUAGUGUCGCAACUUAAGAAAUGAAGAUUUUAUUGAAUAAAUUUAUUUUACUUCUA